UGGCUAGGCGUGGCGUGUCGGGCACAGGAAGUGAAGCGUUUGUCCUUUCCGAGCCACGCCCUUCCUUUUUUUUACGCACGUCAGAAUACACAGGGUUCAGUUUCCUCCUCAGUCCCCGACGCGACAGCAGCUUUCUCCUGCGGCUCUCCUCGUCCCUCCUCGUCCCUCCUCGUCCCACUGGAAAAUGGGGCUUGUGGACUUGUCCCGUUUCGUCAUGGAUCUCACAUCCGUCCGUCUCCUGCUCAUUGUUGGUCUUGUCGUUGCCGCCCAAGCUCAAAACUGUAUCAAACCUGUGGCCGGAGCCAACAUGGGCUUGAGCGACAAAGACAUUCUCUUGGAUUCGUUCCCGAAUGGCGCUGUGGCUUCUUUCAUCUGUAGUGUUGGCUUCAUGUCUGCAGGAGGGUCCCCAUCCGUUACUUGUGAAGACGGCAGCUGGAGUCCUGUGAAGCUGACAUGCCAGAUAAAGAGCUGUGGCUCUGCUGGAGAAAUUGCAAACGGACACAUUGAUUACUCUCAAGGGAUUGAUUUUGGCGCUGAAGCAGUGGCCGUCUGCAACACAGGUUACGAUUUGGUUGGCAAAGCAGAACUCGUGUGUAGAGACAAAGGGUGGAUGGGCAGGUUGCCUACAUGUGAAGUAAUUACUUGUGGUUUGCCACGUGGGAUUGAAAAUGGCGAUUUCAGUCCAAAAAAAGAAGACUACUACAAAUAUUUGGAGGUUAUACAAUUCGUUUGCCAAAAACCGUAUUCACUCAAAGGUUCCAAAUCAUCAACAUGUUCAGAGGGUAGGGUAUUCAAGCCUGAUCCUCCAGAGUGUAUCAUUGUUAAUUGUCAAGAGCCUGUUAUUGACUUUGGUAAAUGGGCAGCGGGUUCUCGACCCCCCUAUAAACACUUGGCUAGUGUGACGUUGGAGUGCGAUACCGGAUACGACAUGGUGGGAGAGAGGACACAGACAUGUGACAUAAAUAGCGACUGGUCACCCGGUCUUCCAAAAUGCGAAUUGUCUGCCACAACUAAAGCCACAACUAAAGCUACUACUACCACCACCACCACCACCACACCUUCAGGGAAACAAACGGCUGCUCCUAAACCAACUGACAAACCUGAGAGUGGAAGUGACGGCGUUACACAGACUGUCGUUAUAGUUCUGAUCGCUGCCGCCAUUAUCGCUGGUAUCACUGGUGGCGCCACCUACUUCAUCAAGAAAAAACGCGGGUCUCAGAGAAGUUAUCCCGACAGUGAGGCUCCAAAACCAGGAGAGGCAAUUCCACUCUCGAAGAAAGAAUUAGUGUCCUGAUGGCCCAGCUGUACGGGCUGUACUAAUGAUCUGAAUGGAAGAGGGCCGCCCCUGGACGAGUGUUUGAACCUGCUUAUGGCUUUAAUUUGGAGAGACAGACAUGAUGAAAUGUCUAGAGAUCCUGAAAUCUCUGCAAAUUGCGCUCAGUCCUCAGCUACUGCUUGUUGCUCUGGUUAGUCGAUAGUAAUGUACAUAUCUGAUACUCUCUUAACUUGCCUUACUUGUUCCUGCCCAUAUUGAAGACCAGUGCAGAAGUUUUUCUUUUGUCUUAAUAUUAAUGAAUGACAUUGAGUUUGUUAGAGAAGCUUUAUCUCCAUAUAGAUUUUAUACUUUUGCACUAAAACUCAAGAGCACAGCUCGGGCCACUGUAGCAUGAAAUGCAGCAAUGGUUUGGAUUGAGAAAAAACAGAAUGUAUGCACUGCUCACCUUUUUAAAAUACAGCUGUUCAGUUUAAAUAACCUUUAAGUGUGAUGCUGAAGAACCUAUCCAAUAUAUCUGUCACUUGUUUCAAACAAAGCUUGUAACUGAACUAGAUAUUGAUGACACCCCUCGUAGAGGGAGGGGCUCCGAGCCGAUAAACCAGUCCUUUCAGAAAGGUGGGAUCGGGCAUCGUGCCUGUCGACGUGUGGUGUGUUUUAAAUGCCUUAUCCCAAACAGACUUUUCACAACUGCCAACUGUCAGCUAAUCUUGCUGGUGACAGGUAAUGAGGCCUAAUCAUGAUUCUACUAAAUGAGAUGUCAUAUAUUCGCCAGAGUCUUAACAAAUUCCCCCCACUACUGUGAAGAACAGGAAUGCUUCCAGUGUUACACGUUUUGACGGUGGCUACAUCAAGAUGUACAGAAUGUGAUUCGUAAAGGUUUUAGCACCUGGUCAACUUUUUAUUUAUUUGUCAAAAGAGAAAUUUGUAGUUUUGUGUAAAUUUGCCAUAAAAUAUUUUGUAAACAUGGAUGAAAUAAAUGUGUUUGAUAUGCCUUUA